AAGUCAGGUUCUAUGCCCACGUCGAAUAUGCCUACGACGCCUAGCCACGCUGCGACAAGUAGUGGAGCACCACCUACAUACGCUCUACCAUAUGACCAGCUUUUCCAUCUCGCUCGUGAUCACUUUCUCGCUACCUCUGAUGGGGCACUUAGAGCACUCCUGGGUGAAUUUAAGGAUCAUGGCCUAGUAGUGUCUUCUGCAACAGGGGAACAGAGUACAGAGGUUAUGUGGAUACCCAUGAGACGAGAGAGGCUUAUACGGGUGCUCGAAACUUUAGGAGAUACAUAAAACGGGCGAAUUCAAAAGGCUUUCUCAUACAGCCAAGGGCGUUGCGCUAAAGAUAUUAUAUGGUAUUCUAGACUCGACAUGGCAACGCAAUUUUUCCUGGAUCUCACUUAUUAUGUACUGUAUGUCAUUUCAUUGUUUUCGAACGUCAUACUUUAUUCACUAGUAAUUCCGUGUGGGUUGUUUCUGCAAGAGGCACCUAUGCCCUAACCAACGACUUCGUAGCAGAGCAUGCAGUAAGUGAAUAUCUGGGGAUGAUGUAUCACAACAUGAAUACUGGGGCCCACCCAAAUAUCAAUCCGGUACGAAAACCUUAUACUGACCGCAAAACCAUUGACAUU